AUUACCUUCGUAGUCUUAACACAACCACAAAGAGACAGUAUGAUGCUUUAACUGAGUGGAGGCGAAAGGAAAAUGACAAGUUUGAGCAAACUAAAGCACUUAUAACUGCUUUGAGAGCUGAAAAUCAAGAGCUUCAGGUCAAGGUCAUGACGUGUGCUGAUAAAGAGAAAGAACUGACCCAGCAAGUCCAGAGUCUGGAGGAAGCGAAGGCACAUCUCCAGCGCCAGAAAGCAAUGAGUGACCAGCGCAUGUUCAAUGUGUUCAAAAUAGCAGAAGAGCAGGGAGUGAAGGGGCUGACCCAGGAAGACCUGGGAGAUGAUCAAGAUUUAUCAGAUGCUUCGUUACAUGCAUCAAUAUCAGAAAAGAAUCAGAUCAUUGCCAAGCUGGAAGAAGCACUGGCUGGUAAAGAGGAGAUGAUAGCUCAACUGAGAACAGAUGUGCUCAAGAAGGAUCAGGAAGUUGCCAAAUGUAGAGACACAACAAAACAGUUGUUGGAGGACAUGGAAGCCCAGCAGAAACUCAAGGAAAGCAUUGCGGAAGAAAAUAGAACACUGACAAAACAGAUCAUGCAGGCUGAACAGAAGCUGCACAGACAGAUGCAGGCUGUGAUAUCAACUACCAGACGGGAGAUUGAAGCAGAGCAGCUGUAUUCCACUGGGGCAGCAUCAGCGGCAGCUGCAGGUCUAAGAUUGGAGAAGAACACGGAUGACAACAAAGAGAACUUUAGUUUCCCAGAAAAUGUGGAAGAUCUGUUGACAAUUGCAAAGUCUCUUGAGGCUAAACAGCGAGAAGAAAUCAGUACUGAUCUCCUGAUGAAGAAUCUGGACCAAGAGAGGAAAAGCAAACAGAUAUUGCAAGACAGCAUUGAAAAACUGGAAAAAGAGCUUCAGGAAAUGCACUUGAAACAAGCAGAGAAGAACAAAGAACUGGAAGAGAUGCAACAGAGAGCUGCAGACACUGCUGAGAAGCUUGCACAGGAUUAUGAACAAAAAUUGACAGACAUGGCCAAGAACAGCUAUAGCAGGCCCAUCCAAGCUAGUAACACAGAAGAUGUAUCCAUUCUUCGGUCACAAGUUCUUUCCCUGAUAAGAGAAGUGGAUGAAACCCAGAACAAGUUAUCUGCUGCCAAGGCUGCUUUGCACCACAAGGAUAACAGAAUCAUGGAGCUGGAACACAUUAACCAGACACUGAGAAAAGAAAAUGAUGACCACAUUCAGGAGGCACUCAUCCUAAAGCAGCAUUUACGUACACAGAUUAGUCAACAGCAGAAAUCACAGCAGGAGAACAGCUAUAUUAAAAGUCAGUAUGAGCAGCUUCAGUAUUCAUUUAGCGCACUGGUCACUGACUACAAGGAGCUGCAGGAGACCUUUGAAACAUAUCGGCUACAGAUGGAAAGACAGCCGCCUUCUAAAGUCAGGAAAGAAACAAUGGAGGAGAUCAAUCGUCUAACAGCACAAGUCAUAGCUGCAGAUGAGGCCAUUGCUCAUAAAGAUGAGCAACUGGCUAAAGUUAAAAAUGAGAAGGAUGAAAAUAUACAACUUCUCCAGUUUCAGGCGGACUUGUACAGGACUGAUUUCAAUGCUGAAAGAGAGGCUAGAAACACGCUGGCGGAGGAGAAGAACAAACUCAUGGAGGAGAAUGCUAAGCUUUUGCAGGAUCUUCAUAAUUUGCAAGACAAGUACCUGGCCGUGACAAGGGAGUUGGAAAAUUACAAUCAGAGGCAGAUUAAUGAUAUGCAGCGGCGAUUUCAGGCUGGAGCAGCACAAAAUUAUGAGAUGCCACAACUUCUGAGGACCACCCCACCUUUAGCACAAGAUUACAGGCAUCAGAUGCCAGAUCAGAGACCUGACACCUGGCACCAAUCACAGGAUUACUGGAGAGGGGCACAAAUGCAUCAUCCGCAGGAUUACAGAGAGCCAACUUCAGCCGCAUAUCCAUCACAGGGCCGUGUUGCUGCACAGUUAACUCCUGGACGUCAGAACGACGAUGAACUCCCAAGUUUCCAAGAUUACGAGUGUCCAUCUUGUGCUGCACGUUUUCCAGAUGUCGACUCUCUUCAGCUUCAUGUGCCUGAUUGCAUUGAUAAUAAUAGAUAG